GCUUUGGAGACAUCAUGGCAAGAUGGAAGAUUUUCAGUAUCAACCACUGCUGAUGUACCAUUUAAGGAAAUGGCUAGUCACUGCGAGGCUCUUCUGAUGGGAAAACAACAGAAAAUGUCUGCUUUUAUGAGUGCCCAGCAAAAACAGGAAAUAUUAUUCCCCGAUCUUUUACAUGAUCAACGUGACAUGAAAGGGUCAUCAUAUUUGUAUAUGGAUCAAUUUCAAAAGACUGGCAAUCCUUUCCUAGAUCCGAACUUAAGUGCAUACCCACAGAAUAUGUCUGAUGGCAAUAACAUACUGUUGCAAAAUGACUUGCAGUACCAUCCCCAGUUCUUCAGGCUCCCAGCAACAAGCCCAUUUGACAACUUCCUACGGGCUGCUGGUUGUUAAAAUGGUGAUGCAGAAGAUGGCUAGAAAUCUUUAGCCUCUUGUGGAUAUAUUAUUAUGUAAAGAUAAGCUUGAAGAUUUCUUGUUUAGGUGCUUGGCGACUCCUGCCUUCACUCUAUUUAUAGAAUUGCAGGACUUUUUGUAUUCAUGGUCGUAUAGCUUUGACAUUUCAUUUAUAUCUAUUACAUAAAUGUAGAUCAGACUGGGAUAUCCCAAUUAACAUGGGAUUCCGGCAAAGGAGAGAUCCAAAUGUCAAUCUUGUACCUACAUUGAUUCAGUGGACUGAUACUCAUAUUACCGAAAUAUCCUCUUACUAAUGAUGUAUUUGAGAAAAUAAAGCUUAUAUUUUGUACA